ACUCGGUACUAGUUCUGAAAGUAGAGUUUUUUUGGGUGUUGGUUGAAGUGUCAAAAUCUCGAUAGGCUAGUACUUGAGUCUGCAAGUAAUGUUUCUCUUAUAUCGUUUGGGACGGUUACUGGCGUUGCACGGUGAAAACGGAAGGAAUCUGGUUGGAAAUUUUUCAUUUCUAAUCGGGGAGUCAAAAAACUUAGAUUACUUCUUGCCUCUUCUCAAUAAAUGGUUUCCUUUCCCCAGGAUUCGUCUAGUGGAUACUUAAUUUUGGGGUUAGUAACAGAGUGUGUAUGUGAUGCAUGGUGAGUGUGGUUAGAUUGGCAGAAGAAUACAAAGAAUGUGGAGCUGGAGCCUACGCUGUAAAAAUUUGAGCAUACAAAAGUCGGCAAUUCACAAGAGUCCAAUUUUUUGAAUUGUGGAGCAAAUCACCAUUGAAUUUUUCACAUACUCUGCUGGGGUUUUGUGAUUUUUAUUGGAGGUGAUCUCUGGUUCAGCACUCUUGGCCUUUUUUGGGGUUCAUCUGUUUGUUUCUCUGCUUCCUUACCUCUAUUGCCUGACACAUCCUGCUUUCCCAUAAUUCUAAUCUACCAUCCCUCCAGUUGGUGAUACCAAAUUGAGAAAUAAUUCAGAUCCAGAUUUCAAGGACUGUUCUGGAAAAACCCCUCUUUUAGAGGUUGGCUUGCAGAUUAGCCUACCUUCUAAAGCACCUUGGUAGAUUUCUAGAUUCUUUCCUUGUCUUGUGGGUAUUUCUGGAUACGAGUCUAGAUGACUGUGGAUGAAGCAGGCUGUAGCUCUUUGUGGACUAGGGAACAGGACAAGGCAUUUGAGAAUGCACUUGCAACAUAUCCCGAGGAUGCUUUAGAUCGAUGGGAGAAAAUUGCAGCUGAUGUGCCUGGGAAAACACUAGAAGAGAUUAAAAUUCACUAUGAACUUCUAAUUGAAGAUUUGAAUCAGAUUGAAGCUGGUAGUGUUCCUCUUCCUAACUACUCUUCUUCAGAGGGUUCAGUGAGCCAUGUUGGCGAUGAAGGAACUAGUAAGAAGGGUGGCAACCUGGGGCAUCAUAACAAUGAAUCUGGUCAUGGAAAUAAAGCAUCUCGGACAGAUCAAGAACGCCGUAAAGGAAUUGCUUGGACUGAGGAUGAGCACAGGUUAUUUCUUCUUGGUUUGGACAAAUAUGGGAAAGGUGAUUGGCGAAGUAUUUCAAGAAACUUUGUUGUGACAAGAACACCUACACAAGUGGCUAGCCAUGCACAAAAGUAUUUCAUUCGUUUGAAUUCAAUGAACAAAGAUAGGAGGCGGUCCAGCAUACAUGACAUCACCAGUGUUGGCAGUGGAGACAUUUCAGCAACACAAGGACCAAUAACUGGCCAAACAAAUGGUUCUGUUGCUGGAGGUUCCGCUGGAAAAGCAGUGAAACAACCCUCUCAACAUCCUACUGGUCCCCCAGGAGUUGGUGUCUAUGGUCCUCCAACCAUAGGGCAACCAGUAGGAGGUCCCCUUGUCUCAGCUGUUGGAACCCCUGUGAAUCUUCCUGGCCCUGCACAUAUGGCUUAUGGUCUUAGAGCCCCAAUACCGGGAGCUAUGGUUCCUGGUGCACCGAUGAACAUGGGUCCUAUGACAUAUCCAAUGCCUCCCACAACUGCUCAUAGGUGAUACGCAUGGUAUAGCUGCAAAAUGUACAAAGCCUGAAGACUAAUUUCUUGUGUUAUUGUUAGCAUAAUGACUUCUCCAUUUUUAGCUUGAAUAAGACUUUAUUUACAAGCAAUAUUGUCUUAAAACAGUAGAUUAUACUGGUAGCAAGUAUCAAAUAAGCCAAUAGGAAGGAGAGUCCAUGCAUUUGUGUAGGCAGCAGCUAUGGAAAGUAUGAAAUCAUUUAUGAGUAGGAUACCAAUUUAGUUCCUUUUUGGGUUUUGCAUUACAAUGAUUAGUCUUGUAUUCAAUUUUAGUGGCCAAAUUUGCAAGGAAGCAUUUGUAUUUCUAAC